AUGCCAUCUGCUGACAGACUGACGCUUGCUGCCAUCAGCGUGUCUCGCUAUGAGGGGCAGGCAGGCGGGCCGGCAUUGGGGAGGAAGAGCAACAUGGGGCAGUGGCACAUGGGGUGCUGCGGCACCAGGGUAUGGAAGGGCAUGGAGAGGGGAUGGGUGUUGAGAGUGGUGCAGUUAGGUGCAGGGGCACACUGCAAUAGAGGUGGGGGGGUGGCGUGUGCAGCAGCGGGGGGAGUGGUGAGGGCAGAGGAGGGCGGGAAAGCGAGUGCAGCAGCGGGGGGAGUGAUGAGGGCAGAGGUUGGAGGAGUGGCGAGCGCAGAAGUGGGGGGGAGUGGCGACCGCAGCAGCGGGGUGGGGGUGGGGUGCCCGACCCCGUCCACUCCCCCUCCUAAUACCAGCACGGACAGUCCUGUUCAGUCGGCGCGAGUUUACCUUCCCGAUGUCGACCACGAGGUGUUCAAGCAUUUCCGCCGCAUAAAGGUGGACGAGGGGAAAUCGCAGCAAUACGAAUGCAGGUACUGCUGCAAUGUCUUUUCUGGCGCCGCCACCCGCUGCGCGCAGCACUUGGCGAGUUGGAGGAAGAUGAGGCGCCGCGAAGUGGCGCUAUGCAAGGAAGCCCCCUCUGAAGUACGGGCUGCCAUCCGGAAGAAGUAUGAGGCUAAGGCUGCAGCAGCGGAUCAGCGCCGCCAGGCGACAUCGGAUGCCAUUGCGUCAGUCACCAGCGGCGGAAAGAGGAGCCGCAUUACUGACUACUUGGAGACGGAUGCGGCAGCUGCGAAGCGCGAUGCACACGAGGCGUUGGCGCUGAUGUUCGCGGCGUGUCGAAUCCCGGAGCGCGUGGCGGAGCACCCCCUCUUCAUCAACGCCGUUUGUGCCAUUAGGGACUCCGGCACAGGAUACGCGAACGUGUUUCUCGUCAACGAGAGCGGUGCGGUGUUCAAGGACAGCGUGGACUGUCGCAUGGAGACCAAAACCGGCGGUUAUGUCGCCAGCAUCCUCAGGCCCGUGGUGGAGGAGGUCGGUCCAGAUAACGUGGUGGCGUUCUGCACGGACGGUGGGUCCAACUACGCGGUGGCGUGCAACGAGCUGAUCGCGGAAUGGCCGCACAUUCAACACGUGCCAUGCGCCACCCACGUGUUGGACCUCUUCAUGGAGGACGUCGGCAAGAUGACGUGGGCCAAGUCACUUGCACAGAUGGUGGUGUCUGAUGUGUGGAAGGGCUGGGCAGUUGGGGAUAGGAAGAAGUCUGCGGAUAAGUUUGCGUCACAAGUUCUUGAUGACGCGUGGUGGCGGACGGCGGAGUUUUUCUCCAAGCUGAUGAAGCUCCCGUUCAUGGCAAUGCGUAAGACCGAUGGGGAUGCCAAGGGGAUGAUGGGCCGGAUGUAUGACGUGAUGCUGCAGUUGACCGAGGAUGUGGGGACAGUGGUGGAGGAGGAUGAGGAGCAGCUGAGCUACUCCGACAAAGUGAACAUCCGCCGCCUGCUGAAGAACAGGUGGGACGACAGCCUGGCCUGCCCCAUGCACGUUGCGGGCAGAAUUCUCAACCCGGCGAACCAGGAUGAAGACAUCUUCGGCUCAGACGCGGAGUGCACUAUGGUAUUCAAAACGUACAUCACUCAGCACGCCGAGCACCUCUGCAAUUACGGGAAGGAGGGGGAUGAUGGGGAUGACAUUGGCGAGGUUUUGAUGGAACUGCAAGACGGGGUGAGGGCAUUUCUGGAUAUGAAGGGAAGCUUCGGGAUGGGGGAUGCAAUUGCUCAGAGGAACUUGGUCAAGCAAGGCAAGUAUGACAUGGUAAAGUGGUGGCAGUGGCACGGCACUGACGCACCAAAGCUGGCGGCCCUAGCCAUCAGGACUCUCUCUCAGCCCGUGUCGGCUUCACCAUGUGAGAGGGGAUGGUCAACGUGGGAUGGGGUGCACACGGCCCGCCGGAACCGGCUUGGCUCUGCCAAGUGCCGGGAUUUGGUUUUUGUUGCGCACAACUGGAGCGUUGUGCGCAACUGGCAUUCCCGUGCAGAUGUCAUGCUGGGUGUGGUGCUCGGGAACAUCCCGGAGCCUCCCGUGCCCGAGGGCUACAAUGUGAUGGAGGGGGACGAGGAGGAGGAGGAGGAGGGGGAAGACGACAUUUUGGAGGAUGAGUAUGCGUGCAAUGAAGUGUGUGGUGAGAGGCAUGGUAAGAGGCAUGGUGAGAGGCAUGGUGAGAGGCAUGGUGAGAGGCAUGGUGAGAGGCAUGGUGAGAGGCAUGGUGAGAGGCAUGGUGAGAGGCAUGAUGAGAGGCAUGGUGAGAGGCAUGGUGAGAGGCAUGGUGAGAGGCAUGGUGAGAGGCAUGGUGAGAGGCAUGGUGAGAGGCAUGGUGUGAGGCGGUGCGUGGUGAGGGGCAUGGUAGGGCGGGGAGUGCAGUGGCCCCUGGGGAUGCGUCAGCUUCUGAAGGCAUGUGGCCCGGGGUGGAAGGCGAGCAGGAUGGUGAAGCGGAUGGUGAGUGGGGUUAGUGGGGGUGGGGAGUGUGGUGGGAUGGGGAAUGCCCCUUCAAUCGUCGUGCCAUACCGUGUGCAGCAGCAGCGCAGCGGCCGAGUGAACUGCAAGGCCCCUCCAGAGGGGAAGGAGGGGGCAGUGUGGGGUGCACGCGCGUGCGAAGGAUGCAAGUUGGGGAGUGUGGUUGGCGCACAAGAGGCAGGGUGGGCGGACGGGCUGCUGGGCGGGUGUGGUGCAGGCAGGCAGGCCCUUGCCAGGCAGAUGAUUGUCAACCAGUGGCGGGUAGAAGAUCAGGAGGGGGAGAGCAGCCUGCCAGGGCAGUGCAGGAGAUGA